AUGAAUUUAAUUGAUAAUAAUGAGAGCAAUAUGAUUGCCGGUCCAUCUAAUGGGUCUGACAUGGAAGUAAGAGUAGAAAAUCCACAGGAACUAACGGAGCAGCAGAAUGAUCUAAAGAAUGACCUUCCAACAACCUCUGCGGGUGCAAAUGACUGGAGGAUGGAGAUUUCGGAUGAAACUGAAGGAAUGCAUGCGGGCACAGAAGAAAUAAAUUUUAACAAUGAAUCUGUGUUGACUAAAACCAUGGAUGUCUUAAAAGACAAAGCAGGUGAAGCAUACAGCACACUUAACGAUAUUGAGAAAGCAUGUGCGAAGAAGGUUGCUGAGACAAUGAAUGCAGUAGGCCUCUCACUUGCUGGAGAAGCACAUGAAUAUACUGAGCUCGUGCCUAUGGGAGUAUCAGUUGUUGAAGAAGAUUUGCAGCACGUGGAUAAUGAUAAGAAAGGAACUGUGUAUGUUGAAAGUGGCUCUGGAGAAAACAACUCGCCGCCAUUAAGAAAUGCGCGUGUGAGUUCUUUACAUGGCGCAUUUGGUUUGAUAAGAACAAACAUUACACAGAAUUCUCCUCUGAAGAUAGUCUAUACUGUGCCGUUUUUUAUACUUGCCUCUAUUCUGUUAGGAAUGAUAGUUUAUUCUAUGGUUAUGAUAUUUGGUUUGUUUCUUAAAGAUUUUGAUUUUUCAUUCAAAUCAGUUGUAUUCGCACUGUCCUCGGUUGUGGUUGGCUUAUUCGGGAUUUUUGUAGUCAAAUGUACUCUGUCUAUUUUUGGAAUACUUAUUAGGGAUCUAUGGAAUAGAAAAACCAAAGGAAAUAUCAUCUCCAUACUAGGGAUUAUAUUAUGCACUGUUUUGGCCUUUGUAGUUGGCUUCAUCUAUCCUUUUUCAGGAGAGGUGCACGAGAUAGAAGCAAGCUUAUCUUGGCUGUUGCUCUUUCUUUUUACAAUUUUUGCGUUCUUUGCAUAUACAUUCUGCUUUGGCGAAAAAAUAAAGAAGGAGAUGCAUAAUCAGGAGGAUGUACCUAAGCUAGAUGAGGCUAUUUCAGCAUUAGGUAUGCUUUCUAUAUUAAUGACUGUUUCCAUUGUAUUAAUAUAUUUUACUCAGCCAAUAACCCCAAAUAAUUUGUUUGUUUGA